AUGACGAUCAAUCCAAAUUACCCUACUCAGCCAAACACGACCGCUGUAAAUGGAGGCACAGUUUUAAGGGGAGGUUCAUCAGCAAAUAAGUCAGUACAAUCUGGAAUUGCCGAGAUGAUGACAGCGAGCAGCGUGGCUGCCAACAGUAGCACAGCCACACUGCCAAGAUCAGGUCAGAUACUAUCUGCAGCACCUAACUUUGUCUCUAAUCCUGUUGCACAAAGUUCUCGGUCAUCUAGGACAAUGGAUUUGUCCCAAUAUCAGCCCAUACAGCCUAGCCAGCCGCUCCAAGAUCAACCGUUAAGGCAACAGGUCYUGAAGCAAAAAGCCAUCCAACAGCCACAAACAUAUUCCUCAAUCGAGCAAUCAAACAUCAUUUUUGGUCAUCAAAAGAACCAAAACCGAUUUCCAUCAAACCAGCUUCAGCCCUGUCCAAGGCCGAUGGUUAAUAAUAGCCAAACGAGUCAUUUGCAAAAUCAACAGGCAUUGUGGCAACAAAGUAACACAAGUCAGUUGCAGCAGCCACAGCCACAGCCACAGCCACCGCAGCAGAUGGUUCAACCGAUUCAGAGCUUUCAGCAGAAUCCGAGUAAAAUGCAGUUACAGUUUCCACAGCCUUCUAGGAGCUCUAAUAAUUUGAUACCAGAAAACGGGCCACAUAGGUUUCAAGGAUUUGCAAUUGGUGAUGGGCAGCAGAAGCCACAAGAACAGCAUCAAGGAAAGAUUGCUAAUGCCAUGGCAGCUCCGAGCGUCUUUAGAGCUCCAAGUGAAUUUCCUACUACGGCUGCUUGGGGUGAAUAUGCUUUAAGACAGAUUUCGCUGAUGAAAGAGAGAUACUUCACCGACCUACUGCUCAUGCAUAGAAACGCCAAACAGCUGUGCAUUCAGGAAAGGGAUUCGCCAUCAGCAACCAAAUACGAAACUGUCAAAAAGUUCCUGGAGAAGAUGAUCACAUUCUUAAGCAUUCCUACGGUCGACAUGAUCCCAAAAACUUACGAAAGAGUUCAUGGUUACAUGAAUUUUAUCGUUAACUACCUCCAGUCGUUCAGGAACAAGAACGGCAGCAGUUCUUCACAGUAUUCGCAAUUAUUGGUCCAUCAGCCACCACAGCUGCAGCAGCCCAUUACUGGAGCCAACAUGAAGUUGCAAUACACCCCACAACAAAAUCUAUUUCAAGGGGUUGCAAAUCUAGAAACCAGCAUGCUGAAUUUUAAUCAGAAUUUCCCUUCGAGAAGGCCGCAACAAGCAAGAAUGGCGACAAGUUCUUCGGUCAAUAAUGUCUCUUUUCAAACGGGUAUAGAUCAGAGACCCGUGAAUCCACUGCGGAUUGGCUCGUUCAAUGGUGCACAGCCGAAUGUAUUAAGCACAACACAAAUGAGUAGCGGGUUGUUAACAACUACAACCGCGAAUAAUUUUCAAUCUCAUCAGCUCAACAACCAACCUGCAGCCAUGACCGCCCAUCAGAAAUUAAGCUCGGAAAAACUGAAACAACCGAUGCAGAAUAUGUCUCCUUUGGGUACUUCAAGAAUGGUGAACCAGUUCCAUUCACCUCCAUUUUCUCUAACGUCAGCUGUUAAGCCGAUUAAUCCGCCAAUUAAUCAGCAGGCAGCUCCUGGUCGAUCCUCGUGGAAUGCAGUUUCAUCUUCAAGAGUUGAUGCAAACAAUGUGUUGUCACCACAGUCAAUUGCUCGUUCGCCAUUUCUACUGGCGGCUUCUUCAUCAACUCCUACUCAUGCUGAUCAGAAACAGUUGUCUUCUGGUGUAUCGUCGUUGUCAACUGAGGAGAGUAAAAAGCCCGAAACACCGAUUACGUCUGUCCAAUCUGGAAAUCUGGGAACCAUCAUCAAGGACAAAGUUCCUGAUAUGGGUGCUGCUCCAAGAACACCAACAACUUCAUCCGUGGAUGCUCCUUCCACAGAAAAAAGCCAAGAGUCGUCACAAGAUUUGAACGACCCGCAUCUUCGUUUAGUUCAAGUGGUAAAAUCAUUAUCAUCAAAAGCUUUGAGUUCUUCUUUAAAAGRCAUAUGCUCAGCCAAGAAGGCAGUGAAUAGCAUUCCAUAUACAGAAAUGGAACCCAGUUUUCUGUUGGAAUAUGAUAAUGAACCCAAAAAUCUCAUUCCUCCAAAUAUACAAGAUGAAUCCGGGUUUCUGUUAGAAUCUGAAAACAAGCCAGAACGAAAAAUGAGGCGUGUACUGAGUGUCACGUCAGUGGAUCGUUCAUCACCGGAUUUCCGUGAUCUUGAGAGCUUUGAUCAGUUUGAUUUUGAGGAAUGGGACAUGGAUUCAACUGGAACAUCCAUGAAGAAGAGGUCCAAGAUUGAGUUUUUCGAACAGUGCAAAAAUGGGGCAAUAUUGGAGGAGAUGAAAGAGAUUAAUGGUAAGCUACUUGAGACAUCCUUGGAAGUAUCUGAAGAUAAUAUUAGCUUACAUGGAGAUUAUGAAGGAACCAUGGUCAGGUGUCUGUACAAAAAUGUGUCUUUCCCUGAACUAGUCACUCUAAUGGGAGGUGCUUCAUCUGAAAAGAGGCCGGAGUUUGUGAUUGAGCUACUUGUUCCGGUUGAUUAUCCAGCUUCGUCACCUAUAGUCUCUAACUCACGCUGUAGCGUCCAGGGCGAACUGGGGGAGAUGUUGUUUAAGGAAAUGGUAUGUAGAUUCGAGCGAUCAGUACGUGAGCUCGGGGAGAAGAUGUCGAUUGGAGAAAUGGCACGACAGUGGGAUGCGUGUGGUCGUAGUGUGAUCAUGGAAUUAGCGCAACAACGAGGAGGAAGAAGCUUGGCGUCGAGUUACGGAAAGUGGGAGAGUUGCAGUUAG